AUGUUAAAUCUCUAGAGUGGUUUUGAUUUUGAGUAGGAUGUGGAAUUGAGAGCAGUAUAAAAUGAAGACUUUGAAUAAUAAUACUUAGGUUAGUGUUUGCGAGAGACAAAAAAAGAAUUUUCUUUAGUAUUGCCUCCGAUAGCCAGCAGAACAUUAAGUGCAAAAAGUCUAGAAGCAAAAUAUUUGCAUAGUCCUAAAUCUCCAGAAUCAAAUAAUGACGAGAACUUUCUAGCCUCCAAUAUCUAGACACCAAAGGAACCAGUUUUUCAUGGAAGAUAAGUUGAGAGAAGGAGAAGUUAGACAAAUGCAGAAUCUAGUUUUAUGUCUUUGUUUUUUAUUGGAAGGUUUGUGGAGAAACUAUCAUAAAAUAGAAAGUAAUUGGGUAGUCUUAAUGAGGCUCAUUUUAAUUUGAUAGGAGAUAAAGCAUCUGAUUAGUAAAUUGAUAUAUCUAUAAAAUAAUAGGCAAAACAUAUUUAUGCAUUCUAAACGUAUGAAAUCAGCUGGGUUCAAUAUAAAGAAGAUGUAGACUUUAUUGAAAAAAGAAACAGAAAUUAAGGAUACAACAACAUUAGAAUAAGUUAAAGAGGAUUUGAGGAAACUUCGUAAACCGCUUUUUAAUUGUUUAAAUGCAAUUAUCAAUAAAAUUCCUAUAAUAUAACCAGAAUCUUUAUUCAAAAUGUAUUGGGAUUUCUUUACUUCAAUUUUUAGAAUUUUACUUUUAAUUCUGGUACCUUUAGAAAUAGCAUUUAAACCAGAAAUAUUAUUCAAUAAUCUAAUAUAUAUUACAUAUGUAAUUCUCUUUAUAUUAUAACUUGAUUUCUUAAUUAGAAUAAAUACAUUAACAUAUAAAAAUGGAUAUGCAAUAAAAGAUAAAUGGGAUUUAGUAGUUCAUCAAUUAAAAAAGGAAUUUCUUACAGAUUUCUCAACAUCUUUAAUUUUAAUAAUAUUCAUGAUUAUUCCAGAUAUGAAUACAAAUGCCAAUUUAUUUUUAUUAAUAAUUUUAGGAUAACAUAAAUAUGUAUAUGAGACAUUUGCAAAAAGUGAUUAAAUUUCUUAUUUGACUAGACCAUAGAGAGGAGUAUUUGGUUUAUUGAAAUUCAUUUUAACAUUGCUUUAUAUUUUACAUUUAUUUAGUUGCAUAUGGUUUUAUUUCAGUAGUAUAAGAGUUGAAGAUUCAUGGAUUCGUUUUAAUGAAAUAGAAAAUAAAGAUUGGGAAGAAUAAUACUUAUAGGCACUCUAUUUUGCUGUAGUUACAAUGUUAACUAUAGGUUAUGGUGAUAUGGUACCUAAAAAUGCUAUUGAGAAAAUAGUUACUAUGGUAUUUGUAUUGGGUGCAUGUAUAUAUUGAUAUUAUUUAAAUAGGUUUAUGGGUAUCUUAUAGUGUAAAUUUUAUUGGUAGUAUAAUAGAUGAUAUUACAUAGAAUUAAGUGGAAAGAAAUCGUAGAAUGAGAGUAAUCAAUAAAUAUAUGAAUUAAAGAAAGAUUCCAUAUAGUUUAUAACAUUAGUAUAUAUAUAAUUAUUAUAUUCUUAGAGUAAAGGAGUAUUUAACAUUUAGAUGGAAGGAAGAUGAUGAAGUAGAUUUAGAGAUGGAAUAAACAUUAUUAGAAUAAUUAUCUGAUGAAUUAAAAGAGGAAUUAGAUAAAUAAGCACAUAAAGUUUUCAUCUAAAAAUCAGAAUUUCUAUAGAAAUACUUUAGUGAAGAAUUACGUAAUGCAUUAUUCAAGUCUAUUAAAAGAAAGAUAGUACCACCUUAAAAUACUUUUUCUACAGAUUUUUCAAAUGAAUAACAUUUAUGUUUUGUUGAAUAAGGAUAUAUAGUAUAUUAACAUCCUGAAAGAAAAUAAAGAUCUAAAAUGAAUGCUGUAAUUAAUUAAGGAUAAUUCUUUUGUGUUAAAGAUUUCAUUACAAAUAAUCCAUAAGUUGAUCAUUUUAAAGCAAUAGGAUAUGUUAGUUUAUUGAUAUUAUCAAAAUCUGAUUUUAUGGAAACAUUAAAAGAUUAUCCUUAAGAUUUUUAGAAAUAUUGUUAAUUAAAGGAAGCUAUUACUUUAAGUUACCAUCCAUCAACAUUAGAAAAUGGUGUAUUUUGUCCAGCUUGUUUAAAUUUUAAACAUUCACUUAAUAAUUGUCCAUAAGUUUAAUAUGUUCCUAAUAGAGAAGCUGUAAUUAAGAGACAUUGUAUGUCUAAAUAGUAGAAUUCAUCUACUUAUAUAAGAAGAUUGGAUAAAUCAUAAAAAGAAUGGCAUACAAGAUUAAUGAAAGAUUUGGCUUAAUAAUAUGCUUCUGUAUUUUAGAAUGAAAAUUAAUAAAUAAUUAUCAAUCAAACUAAAAUAUUAUUGAAUUUUGAAUGUGGAUCAGAUUCUAAUUCAUCUAUUGAUGAUGAUGCAGGUUCUCCAGCAUUUAAAUUACCUUAAACAGCUCCUAUAUUUUAAGCUUAACAUAUAAGAUCUUCUCGAGUAAAUAGAUUAGUUUAAGAUUAAAAUAAUAUUGUAUAAUAAUAAUAAUAAUAAUAAGGAAAAAAUGAAUAAUAAAAUUAAAAUAAAUAUGAUUAAUUAAAUAAUAAAAAUGAAUUAAGAUAAAAUCUCAAUAAUGCUUUAUAGAAUAGAAAAUAAUCAAUUUUAUCAGGUUUUAUAGGAUUAACUAAAAGUCCUAAAAAUCGUAGAGAUAGACCUAUUCCAUUAGUAGAUGAAAUUAAAGAAUAUGAUAGUGGAUUUUAAAAUAAUUCAAGUGAUGAUAAUGAUAUGAAUACAUCUAUUGAUUUUAAAAAAAAGAGAGAUUAAAUAGUUGAAUAAAUAUAGGAUUUCAAUGAUAAUAUGUUAGAUAAUAUAACAAAUUUGUAUCAUUAAUUAUAAAGGAAUUUAGAAAUCAAUGAAAAUGAUAGUAUAAGUAAAAAAGCAUUAUCAUAAUUGGAACCAUUAUAUUGGUCAUUUAAUUAAUAGAAAUUUGAUGAUUUUGAAAUUAAAGCAUCUUUUGAUUCUUAUUAUAAUAAAUAAAAUGCUGAAGAUGUUAUAGUAUUUGUAAAAUAAGAUAUUUUUGGAUGGUAGACUACAAUUCUACAAAGAAUGAGAAAAUUUAUGUUGUAUCCAUUUUUAUAUAUACAAAAUUUCUUAAGAUUAAGAAGAAAUGCUAAAUUAAAAUCUAUAACACCAAUGAAAGUUGUUGCUAAAGUAAAAAGUACUUUAGAUCAUUUAAAAAAGACUUUGAAAUUAAAAAGGAAAACAACAUUUAUUCGUUCAAGUACAAAAUUAAAUUCUGUAGUUCCAGAUUUUGUUAAUCCAUUUUAAUAAUAUAAGAAAUGA